AUGGGGCUCAACUCCCCCUUUGCGUCCUAUCAUUCUCCUGAACCACCACAAUCAUAUACGACCAGCAUGCGGCCUCAUCAUGCCGUUCCCGAAUCCGAUAAAAACGCUGGGCCACUUUGUGUCCUCUCCAAUCUGUUCGGUGAUCUCCCCGCAGAUGCCUUUGAGCCAGUUCCAAUUGGAGAGAGUAAAAAAAGAAAACCUUCUCCGUUAAUCGAUGCAUCUGUAGUUCUGGAGCUUGCCUUCAUGCCUUAUUCCCCAGAGCCACAACCAACAGGCAAUCUGCCUUGUUAUCCUACUCAAACCGAUAAUGCUGCAUCCUCGGCCUCCAACAAUCAGUUUGGUGAUCGUCCCGCAGAUCCCUUUGAGCCACUUCCAAUUGGCGGAAGAGCAACAAAAACAUCCGGUCCCUCCGUGUUGGAUGUCUCUGUCCUCGACUGCGCACUGGAGCUUGCUUUAGUUGCAGUAAGCAAAUCUGUGUCCAAUGUGAGAAAGGCUUCGGCACCCAUCACAGCAAGUGCUCCAAUGGUCAAGAGAAGGCGUAUCUUGUCCUCAAAAAAUGAUGACCAGCAACCGCACUUCCGUGGGUACCAAGAAAAACAAUGGGCAGAACAGUUCGAGGAGCUCCUCAACUUCAAAAACGAACACGGCCAUUGCCUCGUCCCCCACACAUAUCCCAAGAACCAAGCAUUGGCUCGAUGGGUGAAACGUCAACGAUAUCAAUACAAGCUUAAGGCGGCUGGAAAGGUGCCAUUCACAAUGACCGAUGACCGUAUCAAGAAACUCGAAGCCGUUGGCUUUGUUUGGAACACGCAUGCAGCUAUUUGGGACAAGCGCCUGAAACAGCUCGUAGAAUACCGUAACAAGUACGGCGAUUGCAACGUUCCAUCAAAUUGCCAAGAGAAUCCCAAACUGGCAACUUGGAUCAAGUGCCAGAGACGCCAGUACAAGCUGUUUUGGUCAUGCAACAAGGAAUCCAGCAUGACUUUGGAGAGAAUGAAUGCACUCAAUGAUCUUGGAUUCAGCUGGAAAGUUGGUUCAGAUCAUUCUGUUUUCAAUCGAAACCCCUCGUUCUAA